GUAAAGAGCAGAAACUUCAUCUGGAAACUUAAUAAAACUAACUGUGUUCAUCUUUCUACAUUUGAAGAACUCUGAAUCUGAACACUGAAUCCUGAUUGCUGUUCUCCUGACUGCAGAGAUGAAGCAUUCAUACCUAACCACUGGAAGAGUUGGUCUUACUGCAGAGAUGAAGCGUUCAUACCUAAUCACUGGAGGAAUUGUUCUUAUUGUAGGACUUUCAGGCCUCGUGUGGUGGCUUGUGAUCUCUGCGCUCCAGACCUCUUCCCUCCAGAUCUCUGAACCAUUUCCACUCGACAUGGCUACUAAGGCCGUUGAUGACAUGUACAAAGGCUGCAGAGAGAAAAUGGAGAAGAAGGUCAAUAACAAAUACUUCAAAAAAGAGGAUGUGGGAACAUUUAAAGAUGCCUGGGAAAAAGCAGAAGAAUGUUCAAAGCAACUUCACCGAGAGGAUAAGGAUCUCACCCAAGACCACAUGCAGGCAAUCUGUGUUUAUACAGCUGACGACAUUUAUGAAGAAUUCAAUAAAGCAGUCCGCACCGGUAAGAAAACCUACACCAGCUCCUUCAAAUUCCACUCUUUCCAUUUCUGGCUGACUUCUGCCAUACAAAUCCUGAAUAAAAAACAGAAGUGUCAAAUUUCUUAUAGAAGAACUGACAAUGAGUUCACCGGCAAACUUCGCAAGUACAUUCGGUUUGGUACGUUUACCUCCAGCUCUAAACUUACAAAUCUUACAGAUUUUGGAAGUAAGACCUGCUUUGAAAUUAAGAGCUGCUUAGGAGCCUACCUGAAGGAUUAUUCAUACUUAGAAACAGACGAGAAAGAGGUGCUUAUCCCCCCCUAUGAAAAAUUCAAGAUAACCAAAAUUAUUGAAGGUAAAGGUAAAUUUAAACCCAUGCCUGACUGUGAGAAGGUCUUCAUUCUGGAAAGUAAAGGAAAAUCUGUGAGUAACCUCAACUGCAAAGCUGCAAAAAAAUGAGAGAGCAGAGUUUCCUCACAUCAUCAUCUAUGACUGUGCAGGAUUUACAUUGAUGUCUAUGUGCAGCAGACUGUAUAUCUGUACGGGAUCAAUACAUGAGUGAUAUCAU